AUGGAAGUAGCGGCUUCUUCUCCCCGCGACUUACCGCGGCCUUCGGCUCCAGCAGCGGAAUCAGACUUGAAUGUGAAACCUAGAGAAGGUGAUCAGGCGGAAUCCUCCAAUAAAUCGGUGUCUUCGGAGGAAACAGAAAAAGGAAAUAUUAAAAAUGAAAUGAAAGCUGCUGAAAGUGCGGCGUUUCAACAACAAGUGCAAAAGCCGGUCUCUGCACAAGGCACGGCGAAUGAAACCAAAGGGAAAAGCGCCGUAGCAUCACCUGUAGCAGAUACAGCUGCUGCUGCAGCACCUCCUGCAGCACAAACAGCUGCUGCAGCAUCACCACCUGCAGCACCAACACCUGCUGCAGCAUCACAACCUGCAGCACCAACACCUGCUGUAGCACCACAACCUGCAGCACCAACACCUGCUGUAGCACCACAACCUGAAGCACCAACACCUGCUGCAACGCCACCACCUGCAGCAUUAACACCUGCUGCGGCAUCACCACCUGCAGCGCCACCACCUGCUGUAGCACCGCCACCUGCAGAACCACCACCUGCUGCAGCACCACCACCUGUAGCAGCAACACCUGCUGCAGCACCACCACCUGUAGCACAAACAGCUGCUGCUGCACCGCCACGUGUAGCAGGAGCAGCAGACUACAGCAGACGAAUUGCUGCAGCACAGAAUGCUCCUGCCGUACCUGCGGGAACAGCUGCUGCAGAGGUGGCGAAGGCGAAGACAGCAGGCGGAGCAGCAACGGAAGCUCCAAAAGCAGCAGCACCUGCAGCACCAGCAGCGUCAACAGCAGCAGCAGCAGCAGCAGCAGCGGCAGCAGCGGCAGUAAAGGCAGCAACACUGGAGUCGCGCUCGAAACCCGCAUCACCUCCAACAGCCGAUGCGGCGAAGACAACACAAGUCACAAAAACAACGCCUCUACCCACAGCAGCAACAGUAGCAGCACCAUCAGCAGCAACAGCAGCACCAUCAGCAGCAGAUGCAGCAGCAGGAGCAGCAGCAGCUGUGGAGCCGCAGCCGAAGCGGCGUCGACGUGUUUCUAAGGUGAUACCAACAGUUCGUCGUCUUCUGCCAUCACGUGAUAGUCGAUUAGCAGCAACUCUACAGAAUCAAUUCGUUAUGGAGUGUGAGAGGCUUGGAUGGAGGGAGACUUCCUAUAGCAGCAGCAGUAACAGCAGCAGCAGCAGUAACAGCAGCAGCAGCAGCAAUAGCAGCACCAUCAGCAGCAAUAGUAGCACUAGUAGCAGGAAGAGCGGAAAAGAAGGUCCUGCUUCUGCAGCAAGCAGGGCACCGAGGGGACAUCCUGUGUCAGCACAGAGAGGUGUAUCAGCAGCUUCUCUCAAGGAGCAGCAGCAGAAGCAGCAGCAGCAGAAGCAGCAACAGCAGAAACAACAGCAGCAGAAGCAACAGCAGCAGAAGCAACAGCAGCAGAAACAGCAGCAGCAGAAGCAGCAGCAGCAGCAGCAGCAGCAAAAGAAGCCCAUCGCGAGGGCUUCAUCUUCUGAUGCAAGCAGCGCUGCAGCCACUGGUCGUCAUAAUCGCAGCGCUGCUACAAGUAAAACAACACAGCAGCAGCAGAAGCAGCAGCAGCAGCAGCAGCAGCAGAAGCAAUUGGCAGCAGCAAAGAAGCUAACAACAGACAGCAGGACAUCAUCAUCAGCAGCAGCAUAUGCAAGUCGCACUGCUGCUGCUGCUGCUGCUGCUGCUGCAGUUGAAGAAGCAAAGAACAUAAGAGAGAGGGAGCCACCACCAACAGACUGCGGGAGACCAAGACGGAGAGCAGCAGACAGAGCAGCAGCAGCAAUUCUUGCUGCUGCUGCCCCUCCUUCUGAAGGUUUUUUAGUAUUUGAUAUACCUAGGGAAGGGACAAAGGAGAGAGAGCAGCUACAGCAGCAGCUGCAGCUGCAGCAGCAGCUGCUGCAGCAGAGAAGACGAUAUGCAAAAGGGUCAGAGAAAACAGAUAGUAGAUCUUCCGAUCCGGGAUCGGGAUCGGGAUCGGGACCGGGAUCGGGUAUGGGGUCACCACAGGGACGAGUAUGUGGGGUAGAGAAGACGGAUACAGAAAUAAAGAUGAAUGAGGGAGAGAAGCAGACAGGAGGAGGAGAAGGACAAGGAAAAGAAAAAGAAAAUAAAGAAGAAGGAGAAGAAAAAGAAAAAGAAAAGAAUCCUCAUCAUCAUGAAGAAGUUCCCUCUACUUGUACAGAUUCAAAGGAAGAUUAUACAGCAGAAAUAAAAAAAGGAGAAACAAUAAAAAAAAUAAAUAAUAAUAAUAAUAAUAAUAGUAAUAAUACAGAAGAAAAUAAUAAUAAUAAUAAAGAGGAAGAAAAAGAAGAAGAAAAAAAAGAAAAGGAGGAGGAAGAAGAAGCUGUACGUACAGCUGAAGAAUUACGAGUAGUAGAGGAAGAAUUUAACGAAGAAAUAAAAAAGAAAAGAAGAAGAGAAAGCGACGUAGAGGAUAUAAGAGUAGAGGUUGAAUCUCCUUAA